AUGACGUGGGAUUGCACUUCAGUGGAGCCAGACCCAGAAGGUGGGAGAGCUGCCCUCACCAGGUGCCGUCCCACCGCCCAGCCCGCUCCAUGGCUUUCCCCGCAGCCGCCGCCCUCCUCUCCCUCGUCUUCAGACGCAUCUUCAGCAUCUUCCCCCGGCACCCCGGGGGGUUUGGGCCGUCCGGUUCCGAACAGGAACAGCGGCCGGCCGGUGGACCCGCUGGAGGAGGUGGAGCUGCAGAUCGGAGACGCAACAUUUUCAUUAACCAAACUUCUUGAAGCUGCAUCUGCAGUAUCAGCUCAAGUGGAAGAGCUUGCCUUCAAAUGUACAGAAAAUGCACGUUUCCUUAAAACAUGGCGGGACCUCUUGAAAGAAGGCUAUGAUUCCUUGAAGCCUGACAACUGAUUUGACUGUAAUAAUCCAUACCACCUCAUUUAUGAUGUUUGCACAUGUGCCGUGUGGAUAGGAUAAUCACCAGCAGUUCUGUAUACAGAAGAUGAAAUUUUUCUUGGUUUUCUUCAUUUUGUGAAAACAGAAUAUGAUGUUAUUUUUGAUGUUGGCCCGUUUAUCUUUAAACACUUUCUGUUCUCUAAACUUUCAAAGACUCUUCUAUGAAAGUUAAUUUAAUCAGUAGAUAAUAUUAAUAAUGCCACAGUGCUACCA